AUGUCUCUCUUUCUCUCUGUCUGUCUAGCUCUCUCUUUCUCUCUCUCUCUUUCUCUCUCUCUCUUUCUCUCUCUCUCUCUCUCUAUUUCUUUGCUUUCUCUCUUUCGUUCUUCCUGUCACUUUUAUUCUGUUACUUUCUUUCGGCAUUUUUCUUUCUUUCUAUCGUUUUCUUUCUCUUUUUCCUUCCACCGUUCUUUCUUUCUGUCACUUUCUCUUUCUAUCUCUUUCCUUCUCUUUCAGCCACUUUCUUUUUCUCACUUUCUUUCUCUCACUUUCUUUCUCUCACUUUCUUUCUCUCACUUUCUUACUUUUUCUUUCUUACUUUUUCUCUCUUUUCCUUACUUUCUUUCUUUUUGUCUAUCACUUUUUCUUUCUGUCAUUUUCUGUUUUUCUCUUUCUUUCUCUCUCUUUCUUUCUCCCACUUUCUUUCUCUCUCUCUUUCCUUCUUUUUGUCUGUCUAUCUCUUUCUGCAAUUUACUUUCUCUCUUUCCUUCUCUCUCUUUUAUUUUCUUUCCGCCUUUCUUUCUUUCUUUUUCUCUCUUUCUUUCUUUUUUCUUUCUUUUCGUCUCUAUCACUUUCCUUCUUUCUUUCUCUAUUUUUCUUUCUUUCGUUCAUUCAUAUUCAUAUUCUUUCAUAAAAAUCGAAUUAGUUAAAGACUCAGCACCAAGCUUUUUUUCCCCGUCACUUUCUUUCUCUUUCUUCCUUUGUCUGUCUAUCUUUUUCUGUAAUUUACUUUCUCUCUUUCCUUCUUUCUCUUUUAUUUUCUUUCUGUCUUUCUUUCUUUUUGUCUAUUACUUUCUUUCUUUCUCUUUCUUUCAUUUUUUUUUGUCUAUCACUUUUUCUUUCUCUAUUUUUCUUUCUUCCUAUCGUUUUCUUUCUUUCUUUCUUUUUUCUUUCUUUUUUCUUUCUUUCUUUCUUUCUUUUCACUUUCUCUUUCUAUCUCUUUCAGCCACUUUCUCUUUCUAUCUCUUUCAGCCACUUUCUUACUCUCACUUUCUUACUUUUUCUCUCUUUCUUACUUAUAAUUACCUGAUUCGCUAUGGUUACCUUCAAGCAAGAUACGGUUGGUUUUUAUGGAACAUCGAAGCACGCGAACAUCUCGAAGCAGCGAUCAAGAAUUACCAACGGAUGGCUGGAAUCCCCGAAACCGGUAAACUCGAUCAAGACACAUAUCGGAUGAUGAGGGAGCCAAGGUGCGGUGUGCCCGACAUGAGCUACACUCAGAGUUUGCACAUAAGAACAGGACUUGGUGCCCGAAGACAGAAACGGUUUGCAGUACAAGCCUCGAAAUGGAACCACCAGACAGUCACAUAUAGGGUCAGCGUCUACCCAGAAGAUUUGCUAUCAACUGAAGUGGAUCACAUUAUCGAUAAAGCUUUUCAGGUUUGGAACAACAUAACAACAAUCCAGUUCUUCCGAAGUGAGUUUGGGCCUGUCGAUAUUGACGUAAAAUUUCUGGAAUCCGACCACGACGACGGGGUUCCUUUUGAUGGUCCCGGCGGUGCCACUUCCCACGCCUUCUUUCCGAAUGAUAAUAGCCUCGGAUUGAGCGGGGAUAUCCACUUUGACUCUAGUGAGAAAUGGAGCCUGGCUGUAAACAGCACCCCAGAACCAGGAUACACAAGCCUCUUCUGCUUGGCCGUCCAUCAGAUUGGCCAUUCUCUCGGACUCUUCCACUCGAGGACAAAACACGCUUACAUGUGGCCCUUUUUGAAGGACUGCAACAGGACCUCCAUGACCCCUGAUCAUAUUGAAGCCCUUCAUUUUUUAUAUGAGGACAGAGCGAGCCCAAUUUCCAAUUCCUCCCUUCGCCGAGAAGACCCAGUCGAGAGUGUCCAUUCAGGUGUACAAGAUCCCUUGGCAGUCGAUCCUGUUUCCACAACAUCUGCAGGUGACAAGUAUUGGUGGAGUCGUAAUCCAUACAAUCGUAACCGGCACACAUCUGGUCGACCCGUUCAAACGACAUUGCCCUACUGGUACAGGAUCUCGCGAGGAAGCAGCCCCAGCACAUCACCGACAAAUUUCGCACAGUUCCCAACAACACCCAGACCCCAGUACUGUGAUGGACGUCUAGAUGCAAUGACCGUCGCUACUGACCACAGGACAUAUGGAUUUAGAGAUAAUCUCGUCUUUCGCUUCAACCGGAUCAAUGUCGACUACGAGUUCCCCAAAUUGAUAAGCGAAGUGUUUCCUGGUGGACCGACUUCGGUGGAUGCGGCAGUAACCUUCAGCAGGAACAGAAAGAAAGUAAUGCCUGGGAGUACCUAUCUUAUCAAGGGUAACCUUAUUUGGCGCUAUCGUCACACAGAAGAUGGCUUCCAGCUAGAGCAUUUCUACCCAAAACCUUGGGCGAGAGAGUGGGACGUUACAGGAACUAAGAUCGAAUCGGCUUUUAUGCUGGGACGGAAAGUUUACUUACUUAUCGACAAUCGUAUUUGGCUCCUGAAAGGCAAGAAAUCGCGUCGUAACAAGUUUUACGACAAGAACAAAAUCAAACUCUUCAAUCAGAUCCCGGAUUUCCAAGCAGCUGUUCAGUGGAUCAACCGUAACACAUACUUUUUCUCUGGCAAUGAGUAUUAUCGUGUCAAAUUGCCUGCUCAGCGAAAGAAGAUCAUGUUGUCCGGGCCCCGGGAAACUGCCUAUUGGUGCUUGGUCAUUACCUAUCAAUCACAGUCUGUUCACAUACAUCUAUCUAUCUAUCUAUCUCAGUCUGUUCACAUACAUCUAUCUAUCUAUCUAUCUCAGUCUGUUCACAUACAUCUAUCUAUCUAUCUAUCUCAGUCUGUUCACAUACAUCUAUCUAUCUAUCUAUCUCAAUAUCUUUGA